AGUACCGCACAGUCGGCAAAUCUUCGAAAGGGCAUGGAAGACUAAUUAUUUUCAACUAAAGCAUUUAUGAAAGGCGUGUUAGGAUAAAAAGGGGACGACACCAGAUUUACACUGAACUUCCCACACACGUGAACCUGUAUCCAUCACGUUAUGUCAUAGAUACAUAUGAACACGACUCGCGGUGUAGGGAAGGGGGCACACGCUAAAGGGCGAAACAUGACGAGUUGGCAUCUGAGUAAUGAUCCCUCCAUCAAUAAUUCAGUCUUGGCCGUAUCGAUGUCUCUCUCUCCGUCUCAGUAAAGCCGCAGUCGACUGAGGGAUGAAAAGGCUUAUUAGUCAAUAAGGGAGAUAAGAACAUAACAGAAGGUUAUCAUUGUCAGAAAGGACGAUAAAACGAAGUUGACUAUUAACAUCAAGAGACAGACUGGCAAGGGAAGAAAAGAUAAACGCUAAAUAGCUGUUUAGUUUUCCAUUUUGGAGAAAGUUCAAUACAUUACACAAUUUUUCAUUUUGUAAAUAGUUCAAGACAAUACCGUUUUUUUAAUUAUUCAUUCAUUUUUAUUUAUAAUAUAUUUUGCGGGAGGAAACGUCCGUUACGAUGUCGGGUGCUAACAGCGAUCAGCUACAUAGGUCAACGUUGUCCGUGUACACGAACCUGAUGGAACAGUUCAACCCAGGCCUACAGGCUCUAGUUACAUUAGGGAACAGCUAUGUCAAGGCUUUCCAGGCCUUGGCCGUUACCAGUGAGGCCUACUUCAGUGCUGUGGCUAAGAUGGGAGAACAGGCCCUUCACACACUCUCAUCUCGCUCUCUGGGAGAUGUCCUGGUACAGAUAUCUGAGACACAGAGAAGACUCACAGCGGAAAUGGAGGGAGUGUUUCUCUGGUUUCAGGUAGAAGUGUUACAGGCCAUGGAGAAGAAUAUCAAGCUAGAUGAGGAGUACAUUGAUGGCAGUCGCAGGGUUUACGAGCUGGAGGUGAGGAACCAGGCGGAAACUCUGGAGAGACAGCUGAGACGAGGAGCUUUCAGAGACUCACUGGAGCACAGUGAGUACAUGCAGUACCUUAGACAGAGUCAACAGGAAAUAAUGAAGGAGGAGGAGAGGAGAUAUCGCUUCCUGGCAGAGAAACACUGCGGACUGACACAAUCACUCCUCUUCCUCAUCAACAAGACAGGGGUGUCUCUGCAGCAAAAGGCAGAUGGAUGGAAGGAGAAGGUGAAAGAGACACGAGGCUCCAGACCCCGUACGCCCACCCACCCUGACCAGGAGGCACAGCUGCGUGGUUCAGUGAGCUCUUUCCUCCAGACACUGGGCGAGGACACAGACAUGUCCUGGGCCAGGAGAGAACAGCAGGCCCUGGGGAGAGUGCCCUCUAGAGCUCCUUCGCCCCUCCCGAGCCGGUCGCGCUCCUCCUCGGUGGGGGAGUCCCUGGGCCUGGGUGGCGGCAGAACCAUGAGAGCCCUGGUGUCCCAUCCGCCCUCCUCCAACCCCAAACUGCUUCCCUUCGGCCAGGGAGAGACGAUCACCGUGCUGGUCCAGGAGCCGAGGAACGGGUGGCUGUACGGACGGACUGACAGCAGCCUGCGCCAGGGCUGGUUCCCGGCAGCUUACGUCGGUCCUGUCGAAGAGUUCUCCAGCCUCUCAGGGUUCAGUGGCUCAUCCGUGAGGAGGCACAGCAUGAACAACAUAUUGGAUCCCUCCGACACCUCCACAGACCAAUCAGAGAAGGCCCACGACAACAUCCUGUCCCCAGCCCCUCCCGCUCGUAGGGCCUCUGUUGACUUCCAACCAAUCUCCCCCCUACCUGAGAGGAGGGCGGAGCCAGAGAUUGGGACAAGGCCCAUUAUCGCAAAGACCUAUAACGAGCUCCCGCCCCCUCCUCCUCCCCCUCCUCCUCCUCCUCAGGCAACCACAAUGAGUUCAGCUGACUUUCAACCAAUCCAAUCUCCCUUCCCUGAAAGAAAACCUGAGUCAUUAUCACCACUUAGAGCUUCUGGAGAAAAUCCACUUUUUCCCAGGGGAUCCAAUCCGUUUGCGACAGUGAAGCUUAAACCAACCACCACCAAUGAUAGAUCGGCACCCAGGAUCCACUGACCAAUUAGCACACAGAGAUUUAGACACGGUCAAGAAAAUUGUGUCCUCGUGUCCAUUUCAUUAGAUAGAAUAUGUAGUUGUAGAACAUCAUGUAAAAAAGAAUCAUGUGAUUAAGCACCUUUACAAAUGUUUGUGUUUUUCAGUUUAUUCCCAGUGAUUGCUAUUUUUGUUGUGAAAUAGGGCAGUGCAUUAUGAAAUGUAUAGUUUGUUGUCUCCUCGCCGGACUGUUUGUAAUGUUCAGUUAAGAGUAAAAUAAAUACGUAACUAUUCAUGAUUAUAAAUAAACAGGUCAUUUCACUCGAGGCAUUUUAUUUAUUAUUUAUUAUUCUGAUCAUUUAUCUCUCUUCACAGCUCUACCUCUUCUUUAUUCAUCACUGUAUUCAUUUACAUGACCAGACAAGAGAGGAAGAAAGGAAGGAGGGAGGGAGGGAGGGAUGAGAGGAGGGAGGGAGGGAGGAGAGGAGGGAGGUACAAGUAUGUAUGAGAAACAAGAGAGAAAUAGACAGGUUGCAUCCUAA